AUGUCACACUCGAACCACGACACGACUCAAGAAGCACUUUCCCAUUCCAUUUUGACCUUUUCCCUGAUUCCACCCUCCUCCACGGUUCCUGUGGAUUCACAGCGCGACUCGGAGGCAUUGAAGGUGGCUCUAGAGUGUUUGAAGGAAGCCGGCUCCGUCACGGCCUGGGGCAGCUACCCUAACGUCGCGAGACGAACGGCGAGUGUGCGAGAGCUGACGCAAGUGGGCAUCAAGAACGCGGAGAAGCUCGCCGUGCCGUCUGUCCGCAACGAUGCGCUCUUCCUUGCCACGGUGGUCGGCACCACCUCCAUCCUCGCCCUCGCCGGCACCCAACUACCAGGGGACUGGGGCUUCUUCGUGCCGUAUCUGGUGGGCGGCAUCUCCAUUGUUGUCCUCGCUGUCGGCAGCGUUGCUCCAGGGCUUCUCCAGGGCGGCAUAGGAGCCAUGGCGCCUGUAUUCUCGGACUACAAGGACCGAGUGCUCCGCCACGAGGCAGGCCACUUCCUCUUGGCGUACCUUCUGGGCCUGCCACCUGUCGCGUACUCAUUGGACAUUGGCAAGGAGCACACGAAUCUGCUGGAUGAUAAGCUGCAGAAGAAGAUCUACAGUGGCAAGCUGGAGAGUGAUGACGUGGACAGACUCGCAGUGGUGGCGAUGGCAGGGAUGGCAGCGGAGGGGCUGCAGUACGAGCAGGUGAUGGGGCAGACAGCUGACCUCAACUCGCUGCAGCGCCUCAUCAACCGCAGCGGGCUCGGCGCCCUCACCCCCGAGAGGCAGCAGAACCUCACACGCUGGGCGGAAGAAGAAAUGGACGAAGAUGAAAAGGAUGGCGAUGAAGAUGGCGAAGAAGGGGAGAAGGGGGAGAAAGAGGAGGAGAAGGACGACGAGGAUGCUAGUGACUGUGACUGCGACGCUGACGCUGACGGCGAUGGUGGCGAGAAGGACGAAGCUGUUGACGCCACGUCUACACUCCACCGACCGAAUCUCACGAACGGCUGCGUUUCAGCAAGAUCGCAAGGAGCGGAUGAAAACCGCGACGGGAAAGGUCUCUUCUGCGGAGAACGAGGGACGUUCACCACCACUGAUCCCGCCUCCGUGUGA